UCCUCCCUCUAUAGAAUCACUCAACAAUAGCACAGAAGAAAAACCACCAUGCCUCUCACCGGACACUGCCUCUGCAAGGCCGUCACCUACAAGGCCGACGUCGACGCCCCCCUCCUUACCGGCUACGACCACUGCGACGACUGCCAGCGCCAGUCCGGCUCAACCUACUCUCUCGUCGCCGUCGUCCCCAAGGCCUCCCUCACCAUCAACGGUCCCGUCAAGAAGUGGACCGGCACCGCCGCCUCCGGAAACUCCGUCCAUCGCCUCUUCUGCUCCGAGUGCGGCUCUCCCAUUGCCCACGACCCCGAUGCUGCUCCCGAUAUCAUUGCCCUCAAGGCCGGGACUUUGGACACCGAGAUCAAGAAGCAGCUGAAGCCUGACACCGAGAUCUGGACCCAUAGCAAGCUGCCUUUUUGCCAGGAGAAGCUCGCCAAGCCUUUCGAGUUCAUGCCGCAGUAAAUGACGAGCGAGAGGAGGAGGACAACAUGUAGAUAAUUUUCAGGCCGUACCAGUUCGAAGAAUACAAAAAGUCAAAU